CACUCCUAGAGUAAUUUUUGUUAUAUGGGCAUGUAGCCAGGUCUGCAAUAGAGCCCAUGAUGGGCAAGGCGGCGCAGUAGAUGAUCAGUCUUAAUCAUUAACUCUAGUUUUUGUCUUUUUACUUUUCUAUAUUUCGCACAAUGUGUCUAUUUUCUCUCUCUGCUAUCUGCAACCACUAUUAAUAUAACAAUUCAUCAACUUUUAAAGCCAAAAAAUAAAUAUUCGAAUAUGAGCACAUUCGCACGAAUUGGACGGGGUUCGUCGUCGUCAGCAGCCCCUGUUAUCCGACACCGUUUCUACUCGCAGUUCGUAUCUUCACUUUCACCGUACAUCCGGCUGUCGCCAAGGGUCAAGGAGGCACUCGAUAAUGGCGAGCCAGUGGUGGCCCUGGAGUCGACUAUCAUCAGCCAUGGCAUGCCCUACCCGCAAAACAUCGAGACCGCGCGGCUGGUCGAAGGCAUAAUUGCCAAACACGGGUCAACACCAGCGACAAUAGCGCUGAUAGACGGCAAAAUCAAUGUGGGUUUAGGCGAGGAGGAGCUGGAGCGCCUUGGCAAGAGCGGCAAGCUGGCAAUCAAAACGUCGCGGCGAGACAUGGCUGCGGUUCUCAGCCAGCGUAGGCUCGGAGCGACCACAGUGUCGGGGACCAUGAUUGCCGCUCACAUGGCCGGCAUCCCAAUCUUCGCCACCGGCGGCAUUGGUGGCGUCCAUCGCGGCGCUGAGCUGACAAUGGACAUCAGCGCCGACUUGACCGAGCUCGGGCGAACACCAGUUGCGGUUGUCUGCGCGGGCGCCAAGUCCAUCCUAGAUCUUCCCAAGACACUGGAGUACCUGGAGACCCAGGGCGUAUCGGUCGUGGCAUAUGGCGAUGCUGCCGAGUUCCCCGCAUUCUUCAGCCCACGAAGCGGGCUGUCUGCGCCAUGGAACCUGCAGACACCCGAAGAGGUGGCAUCUCUUAUCAGGGUAAACAUGGAUAUUGGCUUGCAAACUGGGCAGGUUAUUGCCGUGCCAAUCCCCAGCGAGUAUGCUGGUGCUAGCUCCGAAAUAGAGAGUGCAAUCGAAACUGCGCUUUGCGAAGCCAAGCAGCAGGGUAUCAAAGGCAAGGAGAGCACGCCUUUCUUGCUCAAGCGCGUUGUGGAGCUGACUGGCGGGGCAUCACUCACAGCAAAUAUUGCGCUAGUCAAAAACAAUGCCCGUAUUGCCAGCCAGAUCGCCAAGUCACUGGCAGGAAUGAAAAGUUCUGGUUUGCGCCACUCGAGACUAUACACUACCGCUGCAUGCCGCAACGCGUCACCAAGCCUGCAGACACAGGGCUCCAACAAGCAAGACAGAGUCAAGGUUAUCCACAGUGAGCGCCCGCUGCUUGUCGUUGGAGGGGCUGCGAUCGACGUAACAUCGCAGGUCGACAGCGACAUAGAAUCUUCUGCAUCCCAGGCCACCUCGUAUCCUGGAGCCGUGGUCACCUCAAUCGGCGGUGUCGGGCAGAACAUUGCGCGAGCGGCACACUUCAUGGGGGCGGACACUGUGCUCAUCUCUGCCAUUGGCCACGACAUCUACGGCGACACAAUCAAGGCUGCACUCGAGGAGAUCGGUAUGGAUACGCAUUCUUGCACCGUCUACAAUGCGCUGCAUGCGCAGAACGGUGACCUGAUAAUGGCUGUGGCCGACAUGGACAUUAAUGGCAUGGUUUCGGCGCAGCAGAUUCAAGAGGCCUUUGUGAAGCUGUCGCCGGGCGUGGUUGGGCUGGACGGAAACAUCUCGGCGCUGGCUAUAUCGACGGCAGUCACUAUGGCUGCGCACAUGGACUGCUGCGUGGUCUUCGAGCCUACGUCCGUCCCCAAGUGCACCAGCAUGCUUAGUGCGCUGUCCUUUGUCAAGCGCUCCGAGACCUUUGCCGAGGUUGGUCGCCUUGUGCAUAUAAUCACGCCCAACCGGCUUGAGCUGGAGCGCAUGGCUGAGAGCGCGCCGCUCGCCGACACGGUAGAGGAAAUUGCUGAGCAGCACUAUGCGCUUGAUACUGGUCUGAUUAGGGACGCGCUGACCCUGUUCCCCUUAUUUCAAAUUCAGAUUAUCAAGCUUGGCGAGAAGGGCGCAGCAGUCGUCAGCCCCUCGCCCAACCUAGUGAUCAACAGCAACGGCGCUGGCGACAGCCUGGUGGGCGCAUUCGGCGCCGAUGGCUAUCUCAAGCUGGAUCCGCAGGAUAUUGACUGCAUUGUAAACCGCGCGCAAAAGGCGGCCAUAUUGUCGCUCGAGUCCCUGCUGGCAGUUAGCGAAAGCUCGAUCCCGAGCUGAUCCGCUCAGACUAGUGGAAUAUCCUUAUGGACUCUUCGUGUCUUGUCCUUGAAAUUAGAAAAAUAGACUUUA